GUUCUCUCUCUUAUAACUGCAAAUUCUUCGGCUGCGUCGCCCAGUCACAGUCACAGUCUAAUAAUGAAAGCGGCGUCUUCUUUGUUGCUCGUUCUUGCACUUGCUGCUUGCGCAUAUGCAGCCUCCUCUAGAAAAUCUUCGAAAUCAAAAAGCGAAGAUGAUGCUCUAACGUCAGACGAAUGUCCCGAACCGAACGGCUUCUUUGCUGAUGCAGAACAAUGUGAUAAGUACUACCAAUGCGAAGAAGGUGCCAUAACUGAGAAACUAUGUCCUGAUGGUAUGGUUUUCAACGAUUACAGCACUGAAUAUGAAAAAUGUGAUUUACCCUUCAAUAUUGAUUGUAGUGCAAGACCUAAACUGCAAACUCCACAACCAACUGAACAUUGUCCUAGGAAACACGGAUAUUUUGCGCACGAAGAAAAAAAUAUUUGCGACAAAUUCUACUACUGUGUCGAUGGAAAAUACAACAUGAUCAUUUGUCCAAACGGUUUGGUUUAUAACGAGAAAGCUGGCAUUUGCUCAUGGCCAGAUGAAGCUAAAAGGAAAGGAUGUACAUCAGAAGAAGUUUUCCAAUUCCAAUGUCCAAAAGUCAACGAAUCUGAAGCCGCUACUCAUCCCAGAUACGCUGAUCCAGAAGACUGUCAAUUCUUCUAUGUGUGUAUUAAUGGGGACACGCCCAGAAGGAAUGGUUGUAAGCUAGGUCAAGUUUUUGAUGAUGUCGUCAAAAGGUGUGACUGGGCAAGGAAUGUACCUGAAUGUGCUGAUUGGUACAAAGGUCGUCUGACAGACCAACAAUUGAAAGACUUGGAAAAUCCCCCCACUCCCAAACCUAAAGCCACCAAAGUUUCGAAGCGAAGAAACAGGCCUCGUCCUCAACCGGCUGCCAUAGACGAAGAAUUGGUUAGAUGAAUACAAGACUUAACAAAUUACAUAUGUUAAUAUAAUAUAAAUGUUAAUGUUUAGUGUUUUUUAAUAAUAAACGGUCUGUUUUAGGACAAUAAAAUGAGGAUUUAUUUAUUUGUCCAUUAAUUAUAAUUUUUCUGUUACUAUUUUCUUAAAUUUAAAGUAGAUCAACAUGUUCAAGAUAUGGUAGUUAGAUGU